AUGGGUAUCUAUUCCUUCUACGAAUUUGGUCGUCGACUUGGGUCGUCGGAGGAAAACGGAAAGGACGGACGAUGGUCUUUGGUGCCAACGCGUUGGCAGAGAGAGAGUCGAGAGGCGGUGCGCUACGGGAUACGACCACAAGGAUGGAGCGGCAGCGUUUUUCAACACAAGGGGCGCUCGCAGCUUGUCUACCCAGAUCCUCGCCAUCGUCGGAACGGAAGAUUCGGUCUCGACACUGGUAGACCCCCAAGUAGAGCGAGGUUCGAGCCCCGGCGCUGCUGCUCUUUCCGAUAUUUCUCGCCUUUGACGCGCAACAGUAUCCUUGCCUACCGUCGCUGA